AUGUGUUAUCUAGGCCCCGAAGUUGAUCACAUUAAACAAAGCAGAGGAGGGGAUUCUGAUGUUCUGAAGCAUUACGCGACUUCAUAUGCAACAGCUUACAGUGCAUAUUGGGAAAAUUUCACUCCUUCACCAAUUUCUCUUAGUGGUUCGGGAUAUGUGUCAAAUACGAGACCAUCAUUAGGGUACACUGAUAAGCUUGAUGAUAUAGACAACCCCCCUUUGAAAAACAUAUUAAAGGGUAAUUAUCUGUCUACAACUCACAAAGACUACACUCCAUUUGUAACACCCUGUGGAAAAGAACCUCUUCCUUCACUCACAAGGGAACCAAGGAGUAGGAGAGACAAAUCAAACUUUGUUCUGACAGGAACUGACUUUUUCGACCAAAAAUCAAAAGAUAUCCUUACACCUGUAACGCCCAAAACAAAGCCCCUGUUGUUAAGUAGAAAAGGUUUAUGGGACAUUGAGGAUGAAAACUUUGGCUAUGGACCUAGUUCACACUCGACAACUUACUCAGAGCAUUUCGGCCAGGCGCGACCAUUGUCAUAUGAUUUAUCUAGAACUAAUAUCGGUCACAAAGAAGAAUCUGGCCCUACUCGUAAUACAAGCAGUUUCGAUAAUAUCAAUAACCGUUUCGGUAGUUCAUAUAUACAAGGUCAACCGCGUUGGAAAACUGACAGACCUAUUGGUCAAACUGUUUACAUGGACGAUUUCAAACCUUACUCGUAUAAAAACGGUUCAGAAGGUUUUCCACGUUGGAUAGGUAAUUUAUCACAUCAAAAACCCAACAGCUAUGUUAUUCAAAAUAAACUUUGGCCUGAAUUUAAAAAUAUUGACACGUCUAAAGUGUAUGAUCACGCUGAAAACAUGCCUGAAGAACGUUUAGAAAUGCUUAGAAAAGAAGACCCAGCUGAAUAUCAGAAUGUGAUUCAUGGAUUCAUUGAACCAAGUAUGUCAAAAGGUGUACACAAUGGUGUACAAGUACAGCCUAAAUCAGUAGCUGAACAAUUGGGUAGAAUGACUGUUGGUCCAGUACAACCAAGUGGUGCUACUCUUAAUCUUACUGGAAGUGUGCAAACUCGAGAUACACCGCCAGAUCGUUUUGUAACGCAUAACAUGACUCGAUACUAUCACCCACCACCUGGUCAGAACGCUAAUGAUCGAGAAGGUCAUAUUCACUUCAAUACACAACCUUCAAAGGAAACAGAAACUUCUAGGUCAGCUCGGUUGUCUUGUUUUGAGGCACAACUGCCAUCAACUGAUAAAUUAGGAACUUUUGAUCCUUAUCAGUCUAGGAGUAUUCAGGCAAGGGAUUCAAUGCCAAUUCCACCGACAAAGAACACUAUUUGA